AUGGGCGACGCCGCUGACCAGCCGGGCGCCGAUCGAAAGCGCAAGGCGGGAGAAGCGGAAGCCGAAAAAUCACCCGAGCCCUCGGCUUCUAGCUCCAACCCCGAGAACGUACAGAGUCCGGGAGUGAGCGUGAGCGUCCAGACCAAGCCCGACUGCCUGCACCACCAGAAUGUGACCAUCCUCUCGGGUGGACUGGCUGCCAAGGCCGUCCUCCGCGAAAAUAAGGCGCUACAAAGUAGCAGCUUCGAGUUUCUGAGGGAUCAGUAUAAAGUGAUCCUGAACCCAAAGGAACGUCUGAGCAUCAUCCUCCGCGGCGCUGCUCAGAAAGACUUUUCCCAGAGCGUCCCGUUGAACAAUUACUACGAUCACAUCGAAAAGUUGCUGACGAUGGGCCGUGAAUACGCGGCCGAGCACCACAUCGAGAAGGCCGUUUGUGUGUUCUUGAGGUUUUGUAGUUUGCUGCUCGAGGAUAUCCCAGAACAUCACGAAUACGAGACUUACUACGUCUCACCGGAAGAGCGGAAACGGUUGAACGCUGCUGUCCAUGAGGCGAUGGGCUACGUUUUUGAUGGGAAACGCGUCCUGAAGGAGGUCUACACCCGACAGGCUGCUUCUCUUGUCAAAGAUCUUUGCAAAACAGACCUGCUUCACCCGUCGUGUUGCGAAGCCGGCGGAUCACGAGAGGGUGAAGAGGAGGAAGAGGACGACAAUGUUGUCGUGCUAUCAAAGAGAAUGCGACGAAGCGCCUCGACGGACGAUUCUGGGAUCGAAAAAGACACGAUGGUGUUGCCGGAGGAUAUUGAGCGCCGCUUUACUGCAGCUUCACGCGAAAAUUCGUCGCGAGGCCUCGAAACGUUUGGGUUGCUUUGUGGAAUUCGGCGUCGUAUCGACGAUAAGGACAUCUACAUCGCCACCCACAUCAUUCUCCCCGAGCAACAGGGUUUCCCCGACCAUUCUGAUGUGAAAAUCACGGAAGAGCUGUCCAGCUACCAGGCGAGCAAAUGUCCGGAGGUGCUCGGAUGGAUACAUACACAUCCCACUGGGCAAGCCUCGAUGUCGUACAGCGAUCUCCACUCGCAGUAUCACUACCAAACAAAACAUCCGCAUGCCGUUUGCAUCCUCGUAGCACCUUGUGCAACUGAGGGCCCAAGCAUGCAGUACCAUCAACUGACUGAUCACGGUGUUCGAGCCCUCUCCCAAUGCUUCUCCAAGCCGGAGCAACACACCCACGACACCACCCGAGGCGCCCUCUCCAAGCCGGCCAGCAUCAAGAUUGUCGAGAACACCGGCAUCACCCUGCACGACAUGCGGCGCAAGGCUCAAGCCAGGAAGGUUCCGGUAACAACCACCUCCUCAUCGACCACCAACUGCGCCCCGGUUGCGACGAAGCCUCGCAUUGAAGCCGUCGCGGCUGAAGCCACUCCUCGCGCUCCAUCAGUCGAGGUCGUGGCCGAAGUAUCGGCUUCCAGCGGUCAACCACCCGCCCUGCCACGUCAAUCUGCCCCCAUCCACCGCCCUACUCCAACCCUACCGCCUCAACCCCAGCCCACAAUGUUCCCGGCUGGCAGUUCGGCCAUGCCACCGCCCGGCCUGCUGCCGCCCGAGAUGCUCAACGUGUUCCUGGAUUCAAAUCGGGCUGCCCCGUUGCUGUCGCAGAAUCCGACGGCCGCCCCGCUGCUGCCGAUUCUGGCGCCGCCUUCAAGCCUUGGCCUGAGCGACCCAGUCAGAAACGAUCUGUUCGCCCACAAUUCGCUAGCCACGCUGCCGCUCGAGCAUAUGGCACAGGCGCUGCAUGCGAAUCUACAGUCAUUGAUGGCCUAUACGCGAGCGAAUGAACUGCUUGCCGACCGUGCAGGUGGCGCGCAGCAGUCGAUGAUUCAACUACCGCAGCUGCCGACCACCAUGCCAAACCUGCCGCCCCUAGACGCGCCGAUGAUCGCCGGCCUGCCCGGCGUGAUGCUGGCCGAUCAGUUCGUCUACCUGAACCAGCAGGCCGACGGGCAACUCGGCGCGCACCCUGGAGUCUCGGCGAAUCAAGAAAAUGCCGCCGCUCCGCCACAGAACGAUGCCGCUGGCCAGGCGCGCUACUACCACCAGAAU